AUGGAGAAAUCCGCGUUCGAGAUUUACUUGGAUGCCUCCGUCCAGCGCUUCCGCACUGAUCUACUCGCAGCCUUUGAUGGCCGACUGGACCGGCUUGACAGGCCCAGCAGCAAUGCUCUGACUACUUCGACCGAUGAUCAUGCCGAUCAUACACCCUCGCUCCCGAGGAUCCAUGAGGAGCUCUUCGCUCUUCCUUUCGAGUCAGAGGACGCCUCCAGCACGAACUCUGCGAGCGUUCAAGCACUUAAGAGUCUUAAGAGCUCCAAGUCUCGACGAACAGGAAGCUUUGACUCGACUGUCCAGAAGGAACCAGCAGCCGGUCAUCGGCUUCAACUGCGUUUGGGUGCUUUCCAAGUGAAAAAGGCAGACACCAUCACUGCCAGCCAGCUGCAUGAUGCGGUGGAAGCUUUGGGCUUGACUCGCUACAGCGUUCAGGACAUGGAGGACUUCCUGAGACAAAUGGCAACUUACAUCAGCUUAUCUUUUGAAGAGUCGGCCGCCACCACAGGACUGACGCCUGUGUGGACAUGGCCGCUGGAAGAUGCAUGUGUGUCUCCUUUCAGCCCUUCCCAAACUCCCUUUACCAGUGAGGGUAUCAGGACUUAUGACACCAAAUUCACACGCAAUAACGUGGCUCAUCCGAGUGCAGUACCAGUAAAAGCAUUGAAGGACCUUUUCCUUACAGAUGCUCACUCUGUUCUGCGGCGCAAGAUCUUCGACAAUAAAGGAUACAAACAGUUUCAGGCAAUGCAAGAGAUUCUACUCGCUGGUGACGCCAAUCGCUUGGUUGCCGAGCUCACCUUCGUGAGGAUCAACGAUCUUGCAGCGCCUCCUGACGAAGCUGCUCACCCGCUGGCCUUCUUGGAGCAUGUGAUUACCUUUGUGAUUAUAGCAAAUGCGGUUUGUCUCGGCUUCAUGGCGGAUCCUCGCUAUGGCGACUGGAAUGGGUGGCAGUUCGUGGAGCUCUUUUUUGCAGUCUUCCUGCUGAUCGAGAUCCUUGUUCGCUCCUAUGCCGAAGGAUGCAGUCUCUAUUGGUGUGGGGCAGAGAGAUGGUGGAACUUUUUUGAUAUGACGCUGGCUUCUUUGUCAUGGAUUGACCUCCUCAUAUCUCAGCUGGAGUCCCAGAGCUCAGAGCUUUUCGUCGCCUCCUUUCUGCGAAUAUGCCGGUUGAUUCGAUUAGUGCGGGUGAUGCGCAUCUUCCGUCUCAAAGCCUUCAAGGAGCUCCGCCUCAUGAUCAAAGGAUUGUUAGCUGGCCUGUGGACCCUCCUGCUUUCUUUCACUCUUCUUUUCAGCGUCCUCUACUUGAUUGCUGGCUUUACGACCGUGGCUAUAGGUGGUGAGAAUCCAAAGACCGCAGCACUGGGCCUGCGAGAUCAAUUCUUGACCAUCCCAGAUUCCAUGUUCACGGCCUUCCGGUGCUUCACGGGCGAUUGCAACAGCGACCAGGGCGAGCCAAUCGCUUCUCUUUUGUUUCACGAAUACAAGCUGCCGUUCAUGAUUUGCUUCGUUAUCAGCUACAUGCUCGUAGCAAUGGGCAUUUUCAAUGUGAUCCUCGCAGUGUGCCUUCAUUUGCAUGAACUUCAGGCUGCGAAAGAGACAGAAGCCCUGACUGCAGAGCAACAUGCUCGGGAGUCUAUCCGAAUUGCACGAACCACACGGGAACUCCUGAAGAAGUUUGCGGCAUUCCAGAAGACCUUCCAGAAUGAUUCCAAUGAACCUGUCUCUGAAUCUUCAAUGGGUGAUUUAAACUUCAUGGAUGAGGAGAUCAAGGAGGAUUUGUCCAUCACCAAGGAAUGCUUCCUGAUGGUCAUACAAGACAGGACUGUGCAAAUUUUGAUGGAUCAGCUCGAUCUGCCACCAGACCGAGCCAACCUGUUUGAAAUAAUUGACGCAGAUGGCAGUGGAACACUGCACGUGGGAGAGCUGGUUCACGGUUUGUUGCAAAUUCGCGGAGAAGUCAAGAAAAGCGACACUGUCGCGCCACUUCUGGCAACGAAAGCUGUGCAACAGAUGGUGCAGGAUAAUGGGGAGGAGACCAAGAAGAUGUUUGCAAAGCUUGAGCUUCACAUCAACGAGCAGCUGAAAGGGAUACAAAAGCAGUUGGGAUUAUUGCCGAAAUCGCUUUCGGCAAACCCUAUGUCCAGAACUGCACAAGUGUGA